UGUCUGUUUCCUGCAAUAGAAAGUGAGAAGAGAGACAAAAUAAUCAGCAAAAAAAAAAAUAGACCUUUCUCCUUACAGUUAAGGUGUGUUACACCUGAAAUCCCUGACAAUUAUUAAUAUUAAGACUGCACUUAGGGUGUCCCUGACUGUGUGUAUGUGGAGUCAGCUGUCCCCCUGCUGGUCUACCUGCAUUAGACAAUCUACCACCUUCCAGAAGAUGUGUCAGUGAGUGAACCAACCAACCGGAGAGAAAAAAAAAAUGCCACGCACAAAGCAGAACAACCCCAAGAACCUUAAAGAUAAAAUCGAAGAAGCACAGAAAGAACUCAAAGAUCCCAAAGCCAGCGCACAGAAAGGGAUCAAUGAGUGUGGUCGAACAAGUGCAGAUAACAUAAAGGGACUGAAGAGGAAAAAGGUUGUGACAGAGAACCAGCUGAAGAAAAUACCCAAAUCUCCCGUGAAGAAGCCCUUGCAGUCCAAGACCUCCGUGGCAACACUCCAAGGUACCUUGUCCAAGGAAGCCACACUCUCCUGCUCCUACCCCGACAGCCCCUCUCGGAACCCCGCCAGCUCACCAAGCCGGAACAGAGAUACGGAGUACGUCCAGCCUGUUGCUGAAUCCUCCGAGGGAGUGACAUCCUCCAUUGACAAUGAUAGGCUAAAGCAGAGGGAAGUGUCUUCCUCAACGUCUCUUGAUCCGGUCAGUGGUAAAGAGGGGUCUGCCUCUGGUGUUGGGGAAUCUGAACAGCUCAAAGACAGUAAGAGCGGCGAAACGGGCUGUGAAGGUGAAUCUUCUUACCAUGCCAGCGCUCCACUUGAGGUCUUGCUCAAGGCUAUGGAACCAGACUUCAGCUCCUUGGCAGAAAGAAAAAAAUAUGUUCCAGUCACAUCUGUUGGAAAACCAAGUCAAACGCUUUCUGCCCAGUUUAUUAGUGAAUUGAAUGCUAUGCCAGCUGUACAUUUUGGACUCCAAACUCAGCCUGGCCAUAUGCAGACUUACUUUGUAAAGAAACAAGAGAACUACACCACCAUGCAGUCCUCCACCCAGGCUAUUCCCUUGCAGAAUUCGCAGCAUGCUACACAGUAUUUCAGCAACCGGGAAAAGCCUGUCCUACAAAUGAGCUUCAGUACUGGGCCCUCCGCUAUGCAUACUCAUGCACCUGUUCCAUCUGGCUCCAAUUCCUUGCCCAAGAGCCAGCCACCGGUGGUGCACACAUGCCAGUCCCUAUCUGCCAGUGUCCCCAGUACCAUUCAAGUCCCUGUUACACCUGGUUACAACCAAGUCCAGAUGGCCACAGUUGUGAACUUUGGUCUUGAACAGAUGUGUAGCAUCUCCGCAAAGCACCAGAAGCCUAAGAAGCAGGGGAAAUAUGUGUGUGAAUACUGCAGUCGGGCAUGUGCAAAGCCCAGUGUGCUCCUCAAGCACAUCAGGUCCCACACAGGAGAGCGACCCUACCCAUGUGUUACAUGUGGCUUCUCAUUCAAGACCAAGAGCAAUCUGUACAAGCAUAAGAAAUCCCAUGCUCACGCAAUAAAACUGGGGCUUGUGGCACGUUCUGACUCUGGAAGUGGGUCCCUCUCCGUGGAGUCUGACAAAGCACUCGGAACACAUUCAGAUGUAGAGGAAAGCGGGGACAGUGACGAGGGAAGUAGCACAGCGGACCCGGACCCUGACUCGUCACAAAGCAGUGUUGCAGCGUUCUCUGAGAGCAGUUUGCAGAGUGCAGGCACAACACAAGGCAACCACGGGGAUGAAGGAGACCCAUCGGCUGUUUUUGAAACGCUUAAACCAACGACGAGUCAGAGGGGCUACGAGUCCAAAGGGACAGCUGGCCUCCCGAAAGUAGUCGUCUAUCCUGUCAAUGUCUCGCCUCAGCGGGCGGACAGUCCAAGAGUCACAGACUCUACCCCUGAGCAGGCCACUGCCCAAAGGCAAAGGGACUUCCAAACGGCACAUCUGAGAUCAAGCAUCACCGUCCUAUCGUCCUUGAAAGAGGUGGAUUGCACAAGCCCCCUGCAGGAUGCAGGAAGUGAGGAUGAGGAUCAGCAGUGUAGGUCCCCACCAGGAGGCGGACAUGGUCAGCUUCAGAGGCAGCAGGCCACAGACAUUUCUCAGCAGCAGCAGGGCAAGUGUCUGCUUAGUCCCCGCAGUUUAGGCAGCACAGACUCUGGGUACUUCUCACGUUCUGAAAGUGCAGACCAGGCCAUGAGUCCCCCGAGUCCCUUUGUGAAGCUAACCCCACCAACAGACAUGGAUGUCACCAAGAAUGCACUUCCUAAUCUCCCUGCAGUGGUUGCCACUGUUAUGAAUGUGGCUUCCGUGGAGAAGCCACAUGUUGUGCAAGGACAAAUGCGUCCACCGUUAGAAACAAAAGCACUCUCUCUCGAGGAGCGGAUCUCAAAGUUAAUAUCGGACAAUGAGGCAGUGGUUGACGACAAACAGCUGGACAGUGUCAAACCAAGAAGGACUUCUCUUUCCAGGAGAGGUAGCAUAGACUCCCCUAAAUCUUAUAUAUUUAAAGACUCUUUUCAGUUUGACCUUAAACCAAUGGCGAGAAGGUCAAGUUCCAGCUCAGACAUACCCAAGUCCCCAUUCACCCCCACAGAAAACUCUAAGCCAUUAUUUCUUCUAUCUGUACCCAAUCAGUAUCCACCAAUGGACUGUUUACCAAUAACAAGAAGUAAUUCUAUGCCCACAACCCCAGGGCACUCGGGUCUUCCACCAAACGUUAACCAACAACCCCACCUACUACGGAUCUGCCAGUCUUUUGAUGACAAAAUUAGUUCCUUAAACGAUGAUGUGUUUUCAUCUGCCCCCUCUACCCCAAAUCCAGCAAUACAUUCUCGUACCCUUGUACGGCAAGUAGCAGUGGAGGAUUUCUCCACAAGUGAGGUCCUUACCUCAGUCCGUUCCAUGGACGAAGGUUACCAUGGUUCUAGCGUUUCCACUGAGAUAAUGCAAAGGAGCAGGUCUUUUGAGCAUGCACGAGACCCAAACCGAAAGCCUCAGCAGAGCAAAGGCACAAUGUAUGAGUGUGAGACCUGUCGUAACCGAUACCGAAAACUAGAAAACUUUGAAAAUCACAAGAAAUUCUAUUGUUCAGAGCUUCAUGGUCCGAAAAACAAACUGGUGUCUGUCAGAGAGACUGAGCUGGAUGUUUUUCAGCGUGGCAUGCAACAGCCAUCACUCCCCAGAACAACAGGUAUUUCAGGUAUAAUGGACCAACAGCAAUCAAUUAGAAAAAGAAGGAAAAUGAAGAGUGUUGGUGACGAUGAUGACCAAUCACCAACUGACACCAAUCCCCCAUGCUCUGUCAGUUUUGAUUCUUGCCAACUAUCAACAGCCAGUUCAGGUCGGCCAUUUUCUCAGCACUCUAUCAUGGUUGAUCUACUGCCUAAAAGCAACCCACCGCAAAUACCUCAAAUUCAACUAGUAGCAAGAGGUACAGAUGCAACAGAAUCAAGACUGUCACCGAUCAGAGAAACCCAGGUUAACACCUCUGGUAAAGAGAGAGGCGACCUUCAGAGGCAAGGCAGCGGUACAUCAGUUAUCAGACACACCAACUCUCUAAGCAGGCCCAAUUCAUUUGAGACCUCUGAAUCUAUAGACCGAGCCUCUCCUGUUGAUUUCAUGGACAAAGAUGGCCAUAGCACAGGAAAAACUAAGGCCGACGCUACAGCCAAUCUUUCAUUAGAGAGCUACCAUGAAAAGAUGUCCACACCUAAAUGUGCCGACCAGGGAGGGAUGGGAAACCGUGUCGACCGCACAUUAGCUGCAGUGGCUGAGAGCUGCGCUGCUGUCCAGCAGUCUCGCCUGGUUCGCCAAAACAACAUUCCUGAAAUCCUGGUCACAGAGGAACCUGAUCGGGAGCAUGAUGGUCAUAGCACUGAGCAAGGGGAAAAGGCUGCAGAUACAUUCAACUGGCCCCAGAGGAGUGAGAGCCUGUCCAAGCUACCCACAGAGAAGCUUCCACCCAAGAAGAAGAGAAUUCGUCUGGCUCAGAUGGAGCACUCCUCUGGAGAAUCCAGCUUCGAGUCCUCACUGUCUCGUAGCCUCAGCAGGGACAGUAGCCUCUCAAGAUGCUCCAGCGUCUCAGCCUCCUUCGACCGGGACGAGCCAUCCAGGUCAGAGAGCCCCUCCAGAGGAGAAUGUGUCAACAAAAUCUCUGAGCUUCAAGGGCUACCAAUAGCGUUCAACACCCUGGGGGUCCCUGGCAUGAUGAGACGUGCUGCCUCAGAACAGAUCCGUUGCACUCAACCCUCAGUGGAGAUCUCUUGCGACUAUCGCAGCAAGUCCUUCGACUGUGGCAGUGUGUCUCCCAGCAUGUCUCUGCCACCCAACAGGUCAAUGUCACCAAUGGAACUGCCAAAGAGUGCUCAAACCUCCUCGUCUCCGCAUGUACCGCUCAUUGAAAGGCGAAGGGGGCCAUUGGUUCGCCAGAUGUCUUUAAAGAUUGGGCCGGAGAGUCGGCAACAUGUCGGGAAGCAUUCCAUUGCUGUCCAGAGGCUCCCCACUGUAUUAUCUACAUCGCAGCAGAGGCCUCAACAUAUGCAACAGACUGCCAACAAUCCUCCCAUUGCCCAACCUUUUAUUUUGCAUUCUGGAGAAAGUCUCUUGCAGCACAAUGAAAAAAUGGUGCAAAGCAUUAACCUGGGCACCCAAAGUCAACUGCCUCAAGUUCAUGGUCUUCCGCACCCUUGGCACCUAACAUCGAGGGUUCGGACAUGUCAAAACCUACAGCAAUCUGUGGUUCAUGUCGUGGUCGGCCGAGAAGAUGCCCAGAGCAAGUCGGCUGACUCUCAAGACAAGAAAAGCUUUGUGCCCAAGUACCAACUGCAGUGUCCUGCUCUGAGAUCAAGCAAAGCGUACUCUUUCACACAGGGUACUCAGACAACCUUGCCAGUCAUAACAAUACCCAUUGCCAACCGGAUGCAAAGUGUUUCAAAGUCUUCAAAUGUUCUCCACAAUGUCUAUGUGGCACAUCCGUGUCAUCAGAUUGUAGGGAAUAAGACACAAUCGAUAGUAUUGCCUGUAGGUCUACAAAACGACCCACCUUCUCAAAACCAGCCAGGUGCUCCCCAAUUGCCACAGAUCCUGAUAACCCAUGAGCAGAUGCACCCUUCACCCUCUGUGGCCAGUAAAGGCAGCCUCUACAACCUUCAGGCUGUAGAUACGGACACAAAUACUGUACCAGAUAUGAACAAGGACAGGCCUCCAGCAGUAAAACACGGUUUAGUUUCCAAUACCCAGAACCAUAUUGGUGAAACUCAAAGAGCUCCCUCCCUGGGCUCCUUACACUGCACCCAGAAAAUGGCAGCUGUGACCCUCUGCCCACAACAGGAGCCCAUUGCCUCAAGCAAGAGAAUGCUCUCCCCUGCCAAUAGCUUGGACAUCGCCAUGGAAAAACAUCAGAAGCGAGCAAAGGAUGAACAUGGUGCCGCAUGCCUCACUGACGGCAGGUCAGUCAACUACCUGAACUCCAAGAUGGCAGAGGUGACUAGGCAACGGAAGCUAAUGUUAGUCCGGCAGGUGUGCGCCACUGAACCAGCAGACAGUCCCAUUGAAACUGAGGCUCCGCCACUGCAACACGAGAAACCAGAGGGUGAAAAGGACGUCCAGACUCCUAAUAACUGCAAGACUAUGACACCUGAAAGCACCGGACAGGAUGAACCAUCUACUGUAGUUGCUCAGGAACAGCCAAGCUUUGCAUUAACCACCGCUCCAGGAAGUCACAUCUCCUCGGUGCCAGCGAACGCCUCCCUGAAGCCUCAAGACAAGAGCGAGGAACAGAAAUGGCCCCCCGCCAAGUCUCCCAUUAGGCCCUCAACUUUCCAUGGACAGGUGAAACUGGCCUCAUCUGUAUCUGUGGUCAACACACGAGACAGCCACCGCCUGUCUUUCCCCAGCCUGAAAACUACCACCACCUUCACCUGGUGUUACCUGAUGAAGAGGAAGCCUCUGCAUGUUCCACAGAUGGACCAGAAGAUCUCGGCCUACUCCACCUGGGCAGUGAGCCCCAACAACCCCAACCCACUGGGCCUGCCCACCAAAGUGGUGAUGUCUCUCUUCAACUCCAAGCAGAACUCAAAGAAAAUACACUACACAGAGGCCAUAACGACAAGUAUGAAAUCAGACAUCCUGGCCUAUUCAAGCAAGCUGAAAGACAUCAUGCCUAAGGUCCUAAAGCCUCAGAAGUCUCUAACAACUGAGAAUAACAGCAAAGUGAAACCUGAGACUCAGUUGAGCAGUGAGUCGGACAAGGAUUCAUCCUCAUCCAAACUAGAGCCACGGAGAGUCAAGAUAUUUGAUGGAGGAUUCAAAUCUAACGAAGAGUAUAUGUAUGUGCGUGGGCGGGGUCGUGGUAAAUAUAUCUGUGAGGAGUGUGGGAUCCGCUGCAAAAAGCCCAGCAUGCUGCGUAAACACAUCCGCACCCACUCUGAUAUACGUCCCUACCACUGCACCCACUGCAACUUCUCCUUCAAGACUAAAGGGAAUCUGACCAAGCACAUGAAGUCCAAGGCACACAGUAAAAAGUGUAUGGAGAUGGGUGUGUCUGAAGGACUGGAGGACCAGGAUGCCGAAGAAUCGGGAGACCGUAGCCAGGUGGGCAGUGCAGACCGUCCAGAUUCAGACGGAGAGGACUCCGAAGCUGCUGACGAUGACAACGAAGAUGAUCAUGAGGAAGAGGAGGAUGACAGCCAGGCUGAGUCGGGCCUGUCCACCAACCCCUCGGUCUCGGCCAGCCCCCAGCACAUCCCCUCCUCCCUCCAGGCUGAGCUCCCUCCCAGCUCCCUUCUGGCCCAGUUGUCCAUCCAUCACCACCACCCAGCUCCCCUGUCCCUCCACCAGCCCCCUACCUCCGACUCCCACUCCCACGAUGCCUCAGACACAGAAUCCGUGCCCAUGCUAAGCCCUGUCUCCCUGGUCAAGCAGAUGUCCAUCUCCGGAGGCUGCUCCAGCCCCGGCCCUCUGCCUUACUCCCCGCCCCCCCACACCUCCGGCACAGAGUCGGUGCCCAUGAUGAGCCCUGUCUCGCCCUGCAGGCAGAUGUCCAUCGACUACCCUGACUUUGACGUGCCCCCUAGUCCCCCCGCACCGGGCAAGAGCUGCUCCAAGCUCAGCCAGGAUGGCACUUUGGCCCUGCCAGUGAGUGACCCAGGUGUCCCUGUCGGGACAGAUGUCAGCACUCAGACGACCUCCUAUGGCCUCCAGACAUCCUCCUACAGCCCCUUGCACUUUCCCUCCCAGGGCCCGACCCAAGGGCCAGGGGCCACACAGGGGACCCACACCCACCUCUUCAGCCACCUGCCGCUGCACUCCCAGCAGCCCUCACACUCCCCCUGCAGCAUGGUCCCCGUGGGGGGCAUCCAGCUGGUUCCCGCUGGCUUGGCAGCCUACUCCACCUUCGUGCCCAUCCAGGCCGGCCCUGUCCAGCUCACCAUCCCCGCCGUGAGCGUUAUACACCGGAACACCAGCCCCCUCCCAUUCCCCAACUCCUCUAACUCCCCCGAGCCUGAUGGUAUGGUGAGCUCCUCAUCCCCCACCAACCAGCCUCUGGUGGUCCAGGAGCCCAUCAGGAGUAUCAUGCCAUGCUUCCCGCUUGGGCAGGUGACUAGGCUGGGGCAGUUGACUGGGCUGGGGCAGGUGACUGGGCUGGGGCAGGUGACUGGGCUGGGGCAGGUGACUGGGCUGGGGCAGGUGACUGGGCUGGGGCAGGUGACUGGGCUGGGGCAGGUGACUGGGCUGGGGCAGGUGACUGGGCUGGGGCAGGUGACUGGGCUGGGGCAGGUGACUGGGCUGGGGGAGGUGACUGGGCUGGGGCAGGUGACUAGGCUGGGGCAGGUGACUGGGCUGGGGGAGGUGACUGGUCUACCGGCCCUCGGGGCCUCCCACCAUACGCUGCAGUCAAUGGGUCUGGAGACUCUGACCCUGACCAGCUCGGAAGGCCUGACCUCCACCCAGCUGCUAUCCCAACACGGCCUGACGCUCAAUGCCACCUUGGGCCUGCAGGUCCUGGCUCACACCCCCACCUCCCAGAGCAGGACAGUCCCCCACCACCACACCCACAUCCCCGGCCUACAGAUCCUCAACAUCGCCAUGCCCACCCUCAUCCCCUCCCUCAGCCCCCUCUCCGGCCUCAGUCCCCUCCCCGGACCCUUUGAGAGGCAGGGCAGCCUCGAGGCCCCAGGAGCCCCAUGGGCCCCAUGGGCCCCUCGGCCUUCCUCUCAGACUGAACCCGGACCCUCAUUCAGCUGUCUGUCUGCUGCAUCCCCUCCCACCACCACCGCCACACUGAGGGGAAGUCCUGCACAGGAAGUGGCAUCGUCGUGCAGCAGACCCAGCAGCUCAGGUUCUGGAGGUUCCAGAGGCUCUGAUAACACACAGACUUCAGAAAAGAAAGAGAGGAUGACAACAUCGCUACCACAGCCCACCCCAGCUCCAGCUCCUGCUCCAGCUGCUGACGGGGGUCUGGAGGGGGAUGAGAAUCCUCCAGCAGAGGUAGCCAGCGAGCCUGUCAUGCCUUGGAGGCAGUCGACGCUCUCACGACAGCAGGAGACGGAAGACUACAAUGACGACUCAGCAUCCAGCGAUGAUGAGGACAGACUGGUCAUUGCCACCUGAAACCCCCAACUGAAUAGCCUGGUUAAACCAGACUUGAAUGCUUUGAGUUUACAAUGGUGAUCGCAACGUUCAAUCUGGUUUACCAGGCCACUUAUCAAUGUUCUUUUUUUUUGUAAUGGUUGUCACUUUCUAAGACUGAAAACACUUCAGGGUGGGUUUGUUUCUCUGCGAAUCACCGUUCAAAGCACAGUUUCUGACAUUCAUAUUGUAUGUGCAAUCGUUGAUGAUUAUGAUAAUGAUCUUUUAACUUUUUUUGUCAGCUCCAGACAAUUUCUUUUUUGUACAUGUUGUAUAAACAAUUGUGCCUUUUUGGAGUUGCUUGUUUUAGGAACCUGUAAACAACACCUUACAAAUUCAGUAGUUGCUUGUGUUUAUUUUCGAUGAAAUGGAAGUAAAAAUAAGAAAAUGGAGGAUGCCCGUUUUUUAUUUUGGACAUUUUAAUGUCAAUUGUAAAUUUAUGGAAAAAUGAAUGUCUUGUACUAGUACAUUUCUAUGGAUUUUGGGCAUUGUUUCUGUGUACAGAUGUUGUGUUCAACUAUUUAUUACAGUAUAUUCCAUGUAGUGCCCAUGAUGGUUCAUAAGUCCAUAGGUAUGUGUAAUAUGGUAGCUUUACAUUGCGGUAUCACUUAUUAUCAACUGUAUCAGUAAAACUUUGUUUACAAAUGUA